GUGUGACGUCCCGGCGCGCGCCGCGGUGCGUUGCCGGGCAGCCAUGGCCGCUAGCGUUGAAACAUCUGGGGAUGAGGACCCGCUGUGGAACUUUGUUCGGGAUUUGGAGAAGCGAGAUGGCACGGUUUUGCGGCUGCAGCAGUACGGAUCUGGCAGUGUGGGCUGCGUUGUUUGGGACGCUGCCAUUGUCCUUUCUAAAUACUUAGAAACGCCCGGGUUUUCGGGCGACGGGGCCCACGCGCUGAGCCACCGGUCGGUGCUGGAAUUGGGUUCUGGCACCGGGGCCGUGGGGCUUAUGGCCGCUACUCUCGGGGCAGAUGUUGUAGUCACCGACCUUGAGGAAUUGCAAGACUUACUCAAGAUGAAUAUUAAUAUGAACAAGCACCUUGUCACUGGUUCUAUUCAAGCCAAGGUACUGAAAUGGGGAGAAGAAACAGAAGACUUUCCUUCUCCACCAGACUACAUCCUGAUGGCCGACUGCAUAUACUAUGAGGAGUCUUUGGAGCCAUUGCUGAAAACUCUGAAAGAUCUCAGUGGAUCCGAGACUUGUAUUAUAUGUUGUUACGAACAGCGAACAAUGGGCAAAAAUCCAGAGAUUGAGAAAAGAUAUUUUGAGCUCCUUCAGCUGGACUUUGACUUUGAAAAAAUUCCUUUGGAAAAACAUGAUGAAGAAUAUCGAAGUGAAGAUAUUCAUAUAUUAUACAUCAGGAAAAAAAAAUCAACAUUUGCAUCCUGAAGACUUUAGUCUUCUUAAUCCAAGCCUUUUAACAACCCAGAUAACUUAAGAUGUGAAUGAAGCAUGUGAACACAGCAUGAGAAGAUUGUAAUCAUCGAUUUUUCAGCAUGUUCUUAAAAAUACAAUCCAUAGAUGGCAACCAC